AUGAAUACAGAAAUUGAGAAGAUGAUAAAAAAGUGCGAAACAUGCCAAAAAUACAUGAAUUCAAAUUCUAAAGAACCACUCAUACAACACGAAAUUGUCGAAAUACCAUGGUACAAAGUAGGAAUGGAUAUCUAUGAAUUAUAUGAGGAACACUAUUUGAUUUUGGUAGAUUACUAUUCGAAAUAUCUUGAAGUUAUGAGUUUGAGCAAAAAUUUAACUUCUAAAAACAUCAUUGAUAAAUUAAAAAGUAUAUUCGCUCGACAUGGGGUACCAAACAUUGUGAUUUGUGACUCAGGAACGCAACUAAUUAGCCAAGAGAUAAUAAGUUUUACUCACAAAUGGAAUUUUGAGAUCAAACCAAGCUCCCCGCACAAUCAACAAUGUAACGGCAUGGCGGAAAGAACAAUUGGCACCAUCAAAAAACUAUUGAAAAAGACCAUCGACGACAAAGAAGACAUCCACUUAGCUUUACUUGCUUAUCGCAACACUCCUGUUUAUAACUCGUACACACCAUCUCAAAUUUUAAUGUCCAGGAUUCUAAGAGAUAAUAUGCCACGAACAAAAGAACAGUUAACCCCCCAACUCAUUAACAAAGAAAGAUAUCAUUUAAAGCUAAAAGAAGCGCGAGACAAACAAAAAUUUUACUAUGACAGACACACAACAAACAGACCGGAAUUCGAAAUCAAAGAAAAAAUUUACUAUCCAGAAAAACCUGGCUCAAUAUGA